GUACAGGGACAUAACCAACUGUUUAAUACGUUAUUAUGACUCGUGGGAUGCGCUAGGAGAUCAAUGCGAUUAUUGUGGCCAACUUCUUAACUCUGUAGAACUUAUAAAUCCACAAUGUAAAACAGAUAAUAGUACACCUAUUACAAGAAAAUCGAAUCACAUGUUUUUAGAUUUAUCCAAAUUACAACCAAAAGUUGAAAAUUGGAUAGAAAAGACUAGUAUUGAGGAAAAUGUUCCUUUCCAUACUAUUAUGUUUCCUUGUUCAUUAUUGGGUAUUGACGAAGAAUGGACUCUGUUGCAUCAUAUAAGAACGGCUGAGUAUCUUAAUUAUGAAAAUACGAAGUUUUCCAAAUCUCGCAAUGUUGGAGUAUUUGGUGACGAUGCAAAGGAUAUCGGAAUACCUUCCACAUAUGCAUCCGUCACUGAGUCCAUUGUCCGUCAAUUAAAUGCACCACUGAGGAAUAUUCCUGAUUCGUUUACAAUGGAUAUUGAAGCUGACCACCAAAUCGGCAAAGCCGAAUAUCUUUUCAAGAGGAUUGAUGAAAAAAUGGCAGAAGGAUUUAGUAAAAAAUUUGCUGGUGAAUCUAGGGACGACAAAAAAACAACAAAAAGUGUCUAA